UGCUAUACAUGUCCUUCCAUCAACAACUCCACUAUCUUAUAUCCUGCCGACACACUAAUUCUCAAACCAUAGACCUUCUACCCACACCACACCAACACUCACUCUCUCUCUCUCUCUCUCUCUUACUCCUUGUGCACACCAACACACUCUCUCUCUCUUACUCCUUGUGCACAGUUCACAUUCUCUUCACUCUUCUUCUAGCUUGCUUCUGCUUCUACUCCCAUCUCAUCAUUCUGUGAAUCCAUACAUCCUCAUGAUGAAUUUUGUGUCAUUUGAGACGCCACCUCUUGGGAGACAAGAGAGAGUUGAUGCUAGCACCACCAUUAGGGCAAAGGAAGCGAGCUCUAGGGACACUUGCUUCAACAGCCAUCUCGACCUCAGCCUCGGCAUAUCCCUGUCUCCUGGUGGCAGCAGCUCCCAUGCCGCCGGUUGCAGCACCGCCAAAACGAGCUAUGGUGGUUGCCAAGGCAGCCGCAGCGACAACCUCGGUGGCACGAGCAGUGGCAUCGCCACCACUACCAUCAGUGCGAAUGUGCUUAACACCAGGCACGGCCAUGGCAGUGAUAUGACGGCCGGCAGUGGUUGGACGGCAGUGGCGGCGGCGUUCAUGCUGAGCCCGACCGGCUUCAUGCACCCCUGGAGCCUCGCCGCCCGGCAGCAGAAGGCGGCUGCCGAGCAGGACCGGACGCCGGCGGCCGCAUACGUGCCAAGAGAUGCUCGUGCCGUCCCAUUGCCGUCUGCCAUAGGCUGGCCGCCAGUGCACGCGUCCCGGCGCAACCUUGUCACCUCCACGGUCAUAGCAAAACCUGGCACCACCACCGUGGUGAAUGGACCGAAAGGCACGACGCUGCUUGCUAGCGGUGAGAACAAAGUGGUUGAGCCGACAGGCAGCACGGUCAUGGAGACACGGCCACAAGCGAACAUGUUCGCCAAGGUUCACAUGGAUGGUUACGCGAUUGGUAGGAAGAUCAACCUGAGGGCCCAUGGUAGCUAUGACUCCCUCUCUCGGAUCCUCACCAAGAUGACAAGAAAUUUCUUCUGUCCCAUGGAUUGUUCAGGUGCAAAUAUGGGAGAAGAAGAUUUUUCCAUAAGUGACAAGUUCAUAUUUCUGUAUGAAGAUUUCGAGGGUGACCGAAUGCUGGUUGGUGAUGUUCCAUGGGAGUUAUUUCUAGCAUCUGCUAAAAGAUUAUACAUUGCCCGAAACCCAACAUCAAGAGACAAAGGUCAUGAUGAAGGUGACAAGAAAGAUGCAACUGAAGAAGCAACAAUUAACUGAAGUCACCUAUAAAGCAAGUAGAUCAAAAUGUUGUGCAUCUGCACACUAUAUGACUGAACAUUUCAUGAUCUGACAUGUAUAGUUCUCAACUAGUGUCCCACUUCUUGUACUAGUGAAACUAGCUAGCUAGCAAUGAACAGUAUGUAUGUUGUACCAAUCGUCCUUCAUAAUCAAUGUGCAUAUAGUUUUUUAGCAUUACCACAUAUAAAGAAUUCUGCAAAGAGAAAAACAUGUAGAUGUUU